UCUAUCAUAAUGCAAUGCCAGUCAUGGUAGAUAGGACACCUUGUACACUGUAUCAUUUGGCUGAGCAAGCUAGCUAAACAAUUACUUGGGAACCCAAAGGGGGAAAGAUUUUAGAAAUUGAUGCUGACUUUAAUGUUUAUUCUUUGUCAAUGUCCAUUCUGAUGUUCGCUGUACAUGAUACGAGACUAUUCAGCUCGUAGGAAAUCUCGUCAUUACCAUACAGAUGUGGAUACAGUAGCUACACUGGGUCCAUAACUCAUCAUCAUCAUAAUCAUCUUCAUCUCCAUCAUCAUCAGAUUUUUUUUUCGAGUGGGAUUGGAGCACAGUACAGACCCAGAGCGGAUGAUUUACAGCCUAAGCAAACCGUGAACUGAAGGCUCUGCCAGGAGGCCUCGCUCUUUCCUUACUUACAGACUCCUUUUUUCCGCUGUGGGGGAAGAAUCACGAACCCAGCUGCUUCAGACAGGUGGGACAGGGAGAGUGAGGGACAGUGUGUGGGCGAGAGAAAGACAGGCGCCUAGUUGCCAUUUGCGGCCCUGUACACUCAUCAGGACGGCCACAACCUUUGCCAUCUGAUCUCAUCACGAGCUCCACCCUGCCCCCACCACAACCCCACCAAUCACAGCAGACAUGGGGAGGAAAAAGAUCCAGAUCCAGCGAAUCACAGAUGAACGGAACAGACAGGUGACGUUCACCAAGCGCAAGUUUGGCCUAAUGAAAAAGGCCUAUGAGCUGAGUGUGUUGUGUGACUGUGAGAUUGCCCUCAUCAUCUUCAACCACUCCAACAAGCUCUUUCAGUACGCCAGCACCGACAUGGACAAAGUGCUGCUCAAGUACACAGAAUACAACGAGCCUCAUGAAAGCAGGACCAAUGCAGAUAUCAUAGAGGCUCUGAACAAGAAAGAGCACCGGGAUUCGGAAAGCCCGGACCCUGAGGAGCCCUUCUCGCUCACACCUCGCACUGAGGAGAAGUACAAAAAGAUAGACGAGGAGUUUGAUAAAAUGAUGCAGAGCUAUAGACUGUCAUCUACAGUGCCAGCACCCACUUUCUCCAUGCCAGUCACAGUGCCCGUGUCCAGUCAGAGUCCUCUGCCCUUCAGCAAUCCCAGCAGCCUUGUUACCACUUCCUUUGUCACCUCCACACUCACGGACCCUCGUCUGCUGUCACCACAGCAACCACAGCUCCAGAGGAACACAGUGUCUCCUGGUCUGCCACAGAGACCAGCCAGUGCAGGUGCUCUUCUCGGAGGUGAUCUGAAUAACUCAAAUGGGGCAUGCCCAAGCCCAGUGGCUAAUGGCUACAUCAGUGCCAGGGCCUCCCCAGGCCUCCUCUCUGUCUCCAGUGUCUCCACUGUCUCAAACGGUAAUAGCUUGGGGAAAGUAGUUCCAGCCAAAUCCCCCCCUCCGUCCAGUCCUCAGAUGGUGAGCAGUCGUAAGCCGGACCUCCGCGUCAUCACCUCUCAAAGCAGCAAGAGCCUCAUGCAGCUGACAGAUGAGGAGCUGGAGUUGGUGACUGAGAAUGCUCAGCGUUUAGGUGCCUCCCAGGUGACCCAGCCUCUGACUACUCCAGUGGUUUCCGUGGCAACGCCCAGUCUCCUGACCCCAUUCUCUAUGCCAACUGCCUACAACACAGAGUAUCAGCUGACGAGUGCAGAUCUCACGGCCCUUCAGGCUUUCACACCGCAGGGUGCACUGUUGCCGAGUAACAUAACCACUUGGCAACAGCAGCAGCCAUCAGUAUCACAGCAACCACAGCAGCAGCCAUCCAUAUCCCAGCCUCAGCAACAGCAGCAGCAACCACAACAGAUCAGUCUGGCCUCACUCAGUAACCUUGUCAUGUGGGGUGCAGACAAACAGAACGGGGAGAUGGCUAACUGCAUCUCCGGUCUGGCCGCUAAUGUCAGUGUGACCUCUCAGGCCAGCUUACUCUUGGGCAGGGAGGAUGGGCUCAGCUGGCCAGUGGGUCCCAUCCCACAUGGUGCCACUCUUACGGUGAACACUAACCCGAGCGUGAGCAUCAAGUCAGAGCCAGUGUCUCCUAAUCGAGAGCGCACUACCCCAAGCUCCACGGCAGCUCUGAACGUGUCCCAGUACCCAGGAACCUUACGGGUGGAGGUCUCAGGCCGCUCGCCCCUCCACACCAUCAGCAGCAGCAGUAACAGCAGCGAGCGAGAAGACACAGGCCAGCCACGGCCUCCGGAUUUCAGUGUGGCCGCACUGGGGCCUAUCAGAGCAGCAGGAGAUCAAAUAGAGUCACAGGAGGGCGCUAAUGCCAAACGCAUGAGACUGGGUACCAGAGAAUGGGACACAUAAAAACAACAUAUGAGAGCUACACUCUGUCUCCCUCUCUCACUCUCUCUCUCUCUCUCUCUCACACACACACAAACACACACGCACACACAUUUCGCCUCUCUCUGGCACACAGCUUCAUCUGCACCCAAGACACAUGCAUGCAACACACUCUUUCCUUGGCCUUUUUCUGUUUUACACACACACACACACACACACACAGUGCAUAUAUGUACACACACAUGCAAGAUAGUCAUGGACAGACGUGCCAUCGCAGUGCACAUGCAAGUCUAAGGAGCAGGAUCAUUCUAGACAGGUGUAGGGUGGGACAUUUUUUUCUUUCCACAGCGCAGAAAAGAAAAAAAAUGCCAGCUUCACUGACCUCUGAUCAGUCUUUUCUGUCCUCAGCCCUGCCUCCACACUGACACACUUUACCUUUCUGAUCCAAGUCCAGCUAAAGCGCUCAGACAGCCAAGCUGUUCAUCGUAGAGUGUAGAUUUGCCUCUCAGAAGCUGAUAUCCAUCAUGUUAUUGUUGUUUGAGGUUUUUCCCUAUCGUUUUCUUUCGUGUGUGUGUGUGUGUGUGUGUGUGUGUGUGUGUGUGUGAAGGCUUGUUUUUGCCGUUUAUUUUUUAUGGCUUUUCUCUCCUUUUUCAUGGAACUUUCUUCUUCUUGACUAUCAUGCUCAAACAGCUGUAGUACUGAUGUACAAGAUGUCUGAUAGUGUUGGGUUUUAAUCAUCAGUCAGGAUCUUUGUCUCGUAAAUCAUGCAAAAGGAUGAAGUCUGAUUCGCUCAUGUACGGCUGACCUAAUCAAGGUUUAAAAAUAUUUCAGGGACGGACUAUGGUGACUCAUGAGGUGAACCCAGCCACACAAUUUCUUAACAAAUGUAGAACUGCAGACAGACUGACAAUAAUAAUAAUAAUAAUAAUAAUAAUAAUGUGUGUGUGUGUGUGCACGCAGUGUGACAGAUGAUGUGGCAGUGACCGGUAAACAACCAAGUGCUCAGAUCAGUCAUGGUUUCAAAGUAUGUUUCCUGCUUUUUUUCUCUGCGAACUUGCGCCAGAUCCCUCAGCAGUGCACCUCUACAUGAACAGCUCAUUAAAGUCGCUCUUCGUUUGCAGGAGAGACGAUCGAAUUUUUCACUUUCUUCACUUUUGUACACACGAGUACGUAUGUUUGUACCGUACGUAUGGUGUAGUGGAAAUGUAGCCCUAUUUGUACGAUUUGAACUCAAGUCCUGAUAUUAAAUACAAUUGUAUACACAUGUUGCUCAGCUGAACACUCUGUCUUAAAAGAGUGGGUGGCUGUAUUAGAGUCACUACCGCUAGUUUAUGUGAGAAGCAACCUAAAAUUCUGUAUUUAUUACUUGUAUGUCCGGCUUUGCAAUUCAGAUGUUUGUUAGAUCAACUUAUGAAGCAAGAUUUUUCUUAAACUUUGUUGUUUAAAGAACCCAGAUGAGUUUAGAAGCAACCCGAGCCUUCGAGGGCACAGGGUUGCGGGUUUCUAGGCUUUCAGAGCGUGUAAAUAUCCAGUUUUCUCCCCUCCUUGUUUCUGCAAAGGCUCUUGUGUAACGAGAGGAGAGGAGAGGAGCGGAGACAGAGGUGGGUUUUGUAGAACUCUCAGCACAUGGGCAUGAGGAUUGUAGAACUGGAGAGGAGUGUAGCUUUGUGGUGAAGCUGAGGAGAAGUCAGGUGAGGGGGACUGUACAUAGAGAAACGUGUAUGAUCAUACACAUUGUGCUGGAUCUGCCUAAAGCAGAGCUGUAACUCUCAGUGGACAUGUCUUUCUAUUUCUAUGUGUAAAUAAAUUACCGUGUUGCGAGCGAGCCUAGUAGAGAUGCAGCAAGGGGCACAGACAUGGGUGUGACUGUUUCAGGAUCGAUGCGUUUUUUUUUUGUUUUUUUUUUCCUUUCUCUCUUUCUUUCUUUUUUUUUUUCUUUCCUGUAAUUGAUAUUCUGAUGGAGUGCACUUUAAAUCAACCCACACCACCCCUAAAACACAAACCCUUUACCCUCUUAGUCAGCUGUUUUUCACAAGAGGGGAUGUUUUUCUCUUCUUUUUUUUCCCCUAGUCUCUUCCCUUCAUGUGCACACAAUACACACACUGCAUUGCUCUUCUCAAUUUUUUGUCAUGCCGCUGCUUUUAUUUCCUUUUCCCUUAUACCGGCUUGACCACCUGGCUUUCAGAUUCAUGCAGUAUCUGCAGGACUGUCCCUUCUGGUCUACAUAAACUCCCUAAACAUAGACACUCCAUCCCUCCUCGCAGAAACAGUGUGUGCCGUUCAGGGAAGAAGAGCUCAUGUUUGUGGCCCCACAUUUCACGCCUCAUUUUUUUUUUUUUUUUUUGACAGUGAACAAUUAUUAAAGACGACUGUCACUUUUUGUAAAAAGACCUUGUACUUAUAAACAUAAUAGAUUAGACUUAACUCGACAUGUGUUGCAAAUGUGCAAUUCUCAAAAUGCAAAAAAAGAGAUGUCUAUUAUUGAAACAAUAAUGUACACAAAUUGUUUUAUGGUCAUUAGUGUAGUGAAUAAUAGAGUGAAUAGAAUGAAGGAUGUUUCAUUAUUCAUAAUGAAGAAUAGGACAAGCAGCAAUCUCUGUUCCAAGACUGUGAACAGAAUGGUUUUAAAUGAUUUAAACAGUGCUGUACGUGUAUUGGUAUCCCAAAUCUGUAGUCACUAUCUGUCAUUUCCCUCAAAUGCUUAAAAAAAAAAGAGAGAGUUUUUCUGUGUGACAUAUCUAAUGAGAUGAAGUAUUGGUGAUAAAAGUACAGCCUUGUUCGAUGAAAAGGUUUUCCCUAAAGCAGGACUCACCCUGAAGUGUCUCAGAGGUUGGUUCAUUUGGCUAAAUAUUGCAUAGUCGUUGUGGAUUAACUCCAUUAUUAUAUGUAUAUGCUCAGGUGAGAUCUGCCUUGCAUCAGUCCCUCCGUCUUGGCAGCUGAUUUUUUUUUUUUUUUUUUUUUUUUUUU